UCGACACACACUCGGCACAGUCAGUCGCGGCCGAGCCGCGCCGCGAGAGGAGCCGUGAAUUCACGUCUCUCCUCUUCUGCCUCUCUUGAUCAUCAUCCACGAUCUUCACCCGGUCAGUCGCGGUGCUCCGCGCAACUUCCAGCUGCAGCGAGGUCGGCGCACGAGUCUUGACGACCUCUUCCUCGUCGUCCUAGCAGAGUUUCCUCAUUGUCGUCACCGGCGCGGCUCUUCAAGAGCACUAGUUCCUCGAGAGGUGCCAUCGGUCGCCCAUCGCGUUCGCCGCUCCUGACUCGCCGGGGCCAAGGACGCUCCACAAGAGGCAGACGCACGCAGGUGGAACACGCAACGAGUGUUAAACGGGAGAGAAACAAGGAGCGAUAUCGAGAGGAAGAGGGCCAGAGAGAAAAAGAAACAGAAAGGGAGAGAGAGAGAGGCUGGACGGAACACGCAGUUCGUCGGCCAUGGCAAGUCUGGCGAGCAGCUCGUCAUCAGCGGGCCUGACCCGAGCUCCGACCAUGUUGGAGCAGCUGCUGGAGGAGAUAAAUUUCCAGAGAACCAAAGAACUCAGGCAGAUGCUCAAGGAUGAUUCCGGAUUUGUCGUACUCCAAGGCACAACAUACUGGACGGACCUGUUCGUCCGGCACUUCCUCUUUCAAGCGGAGCACACUAUCGAUGGUGACGACUUGCUCUUCUUCGUCCGCAAGAAACACGUGAAGACCUCGUCAAGAUAUUUGCCCAAGUUUGAGACCGAGGUCGAUGUGUUCCGCAAGGAUAGCAAGAAACUGCCGAUCGGCGAUCCCGACAUCGAUUGGGAGGAAACCGUGUACCUGAAUCUCGUCGUGCAUCAGUUCGACUAUACGCUCACCUUAGCGAUCUGCACAAGAACGAGUCCCAAGGAAUUGCAAGUGUUGCGGAGGCACUCUCAGAAAGUAUAUGCUAGUCCGAGUCGACGGCGCAUGGACGCCAAGGGUGAUCUCGAAGAGAUGACGUACCCGCACAUAUGCUUCAUGGUGGACAAUUUCGACGAAGUUUUCUGUGAUAUUUUAGUCAGGGACGGGGAGAUGGUGUGCGUGGAGCUGGUCGCAUCCGAUCGGGAGGGCGCGAUUCAGGGCGUCAUUUUCCUCGGUUCGAUCAGAUACGACGCUCUGAAAAAGGUUUACGACGCGAGGUCGAGUCUGAGCACGAAAAUGGCACAGCGGAUGACGUUCGGCCUCUUCUCCGGCGCGGCCUCACAGAGAAUAGAAUUCGUGCGAAUGAAGGGACCACGUGGCAAAGGGCACGCAGAGAUGGCCGUCACGAAACCGAAGGGUUCCGGCGCGGAGACGCCGACGUCGGAACCGGGUUACUGUGCGACCGACGCUCUGUGGGACGCCGAUUGGGACGACGCCGAGGAGCUCUUCAUGUAUCGCCAUCAACGAAGACUGUCCGAUCCCAGCUCGAACCUGAAUAACUUCGUGCGUGGCGGUUGGAGAACGAAGCCGGACACGGCAGCCACGAAGGCGAGGUCGGAGAACGAGGGCCUCGAUUCCAUGGCGAACGGUCUCAACGAGAUCGAGGCCGGUGACGUACGAGACGCCGAUGUACAGGAUAGCAGCUGGGGCGGCCGGGGCUCACCUGGAAAUCGUCGGAGUCCCUGCUCGCUCCGUCGACGAAGAUCACCGCAUCAGGCCCGGCAACACCCCGUCCAGAACAAGCAACAACUACGUAACGCCACCCGGGAACGAUCAGGAACGAAUGAGAACUCGCCGAUUCGCAAGGAGGCGAUCUAUCGCGAGACACACGGUCUCCACAAUCACCACCAGAACAAUCAUCAGCAGAACCAUCACCACCAUCACCAGCACCAGCACAUAGAAGUGGGCAGCGAGAUCUUGGUGCCGGCCGGCCGGUGUCUGACGGACGACAACGUCCGGCAGAAGCUCGACUCGGGAGCGAUAUUGGUUCACGGGAAGGAGGAACUGCCGCUAGGCUACGAUGUACCAGCCACCGUCAUGGCCACCGAGGACAAUACAAACCGGAAACGACGGCCGUACAGCGCCGGGCAUCUCCUCAAUCAUCAUCACAACGGUCUGGAAAACGACGAGGAGGAGCGCAGGCGGCUGAGUGACGACGAACUCCUCAGGGUGAGACGCGCGGAUGGCCGACGCCGCCUGCGUAGCGCCGGCUCUGAUCACGAGGACUACACCAACGGCUCGAACAAGUACGACGAGAUCAGGGACAAGAACGCGAACGCCCGCGAAGUGACCAACGGCGUCGACGCCGCAUCGACACGUCGUCAAUGUGCCACCCUACCUCGAAGAAGACGUCGCAGAGCGUUCUCGAGCAGCUUUGCGGGUAAUCCGCUGCCACCGCAUCGCGUCACCCCUGAUGGCACCGCGAUCUACUACUGGUGCGAGCUCCCGCGUCGCCCCGGCUCACAGGAGCUGGACGACGGAGCGUACAACCCGCUCUGGACGAUGCGGGGAUUCACCCAAACCUUCCACUUCUGGAAGGAGACGAAGCGGGCGCAAUCCGUACCUCUUAACGCCUUCUUAACAUACAUUACGUUACCGUGGUGGAGCAUAGCCAAAGAUAUUCUGGAUCACCGGGAAGGACCUAUCUUGACGUUCUAGCCGAUAGUAUAAUAUAUUCUUCUUCAAAUUUGAACAUUUACCUUUUUUUUUUACUUUGUACGCAUGCCGAUGUAAGAUUGUGGCCCAGGAAGUAUGAUGUAUAGAUUAAGUAAUAAAUCAAAUAUUAUUUACAAAA